AUAAACAAAUCAUAGUGGCAAUUGCCAAUGGUCCCAAUUCCGCAAAUCAAAGUAAGCAAAGGACGGAGGAGAGGCCAUCACCGACAACAGUCAGCUUCCUCCCCCAACCCAUUGAUCUCUCCAUCCAUGCACACUAUAAAUACGCUUCAAGUCCUCUCCAUCUUUCCCUCUCUCUCAUAUCAUCUCUAUAUUCUGGUGCGCAUUGCGCGUCUUCUUCCUAGCGACACCUGCACGUACAAUUUGCCAACCCAAACCGAACUUUGUCUUCAUUCUGCGGCCAUCGUCAUCUCUUAAAUAUCUCUCUCUCUCUCUCUCCUCAUUUCUUCACUGGCGCCUCUCAAGCCCUAACUUUCUUUCUUCUUCUUCUUCUUUCUCACCCAUGAUCCUGAAAUCACACAAUCGAAUCCCAACCCACCAAACCCCACAUGGUUCGAGACCGAAACCAACCCAAUUCCACUCACCGAGUGCUAGUCUCCGGCAACUAUUGCCACGACGUUCUCAUCAAGGACGGCGUCGUUUUGGCCGAGACUCUCGGCGGGGCAGCCUCUUUCAUCUCUAACGUCUUCGAUGGCCUCUCCGUUCCCUACAAUCUGGUCUCCAAAGUCGGCUUCGACUUCGCUUACUCGGUUCCUCGUGACCCCAUUGUUGUACCCAAUUGCAAAACCACUCUGUUCCACGCGCAUUUUGAUUCGGGAGUCGACGGCGACGGCCGCCAGGACCGGGACCGGGUUCUGAAACGGGUCAGCUCCUGCGACCCGAUUAAGCCUUCGGAUCUCCCCGAAUCCAGGUUUGAUUUCGGAAUGGCGGUCGGGGUCGGAGGGGAGGUCACGGUCGAGACGAUGGAGAAGCUGCUUGAGAUUUGCAACACUGUGUUUGUGGACAUCCAGGCUCUGAUCCGAGCUUUCGAUGGCGUCGAUGGGACUGUGAAGCAUGUGGCUUUGAAAGAGAGUGGUUUCUUCCACCUAUUGCCGCGAAUUGGGUUCUUAAAGGCGUCGGCGGAAGAGGCCUUGUUCAUGGAGGUUGAGGAAGUGAGGAAGCUCUGCUGUGUUGUUGUGACGAACGGGAGGCGUGGGUGCAGAGUGUAUUGGAGAGAUGGGGAAGUGGAAGUUGGGCCUUUUCCGACGAACCAGGUUGAUCCGACGGGUGCCGGAGACAGUUUCUUAGGUGGGUUUGUUGCUGGGCUUGUUAAUGGGUUAACUGUGCCUGAUGCUGCAUUGCUUGGGAACUUGUUUGGGUCAUUGACUGUUGGGCAAAUUGGACUGCCCAAGUUCGAUAUCAGAUUGCUACAGAGAGCUCGGGAAGAGGUGCAGAGAAGAAAAAUGCAGUGUGGUAACUGUUAUGAAAGAAAAGAUGACAAGUUUAGGUUUGUGAACGCAGCAGGACAAGAACAAUUUCAUGCAUCUCUUGGAGUAGCUAAGCAGACAACAAAAUGCCUUGCUCAUGAACCUCAAUGGGAUCUGCCAAGUUCUCCUUCCAAACCCACAGAGCAGGUUGUCCUCUGUCAAUACACGACACAGCCUAAAUCGUUAACUGGCUCUGUCUACGAGGAGGCAAUUAAAACAGUCGACGUUGAAAGUAAACCGUGAAUCUUGACAGUGUGGCAGUAUCUGAUGGUGUAUCAAAUAAUGUGUAAUGUAGAAAUCUAUUUGCAUGGGGUAGGCUGCGAUUGCAACAUUUCUGAUCCCAGAUGCUUGUAUCCUUAACACUCUUUAGAUCAAUGUAGAACAGUAAAAAUGAAAAAUGCUUUCACUGAAAGAGAUAA